GAAUAAAGGGAAAACAGAUAUUUCGAAAUAAAGCGAGUUAAUCUUUGCCUGGAAGCGACACGUGCUUCCACGAAGAGGAAUAUAAAAAUAUGCACGAAUGCAGUUUUUUUUAAAGAAGUCCCGGGGUUGUGCAAUUUGAGCGAUUUUGGAGGCUAAACCGUACACCCCUGCAACGGGGUGACUUUUCUUUUCCUGGUGAAUAUUGCAGAUCUACAUUCUGGGCUUUGAUGCUGUGGGGUUGUCGAAGUGAGCGUACGCUUUUGACGCCUUGGAGAAAAUCGUAGUCUACGUGUGGCGCGCGCUGAUUGCUCGGUAGGCGUCGGGCGCGCGCUCUGUCACCGGGCGGGCGGAGUUCCCGGCGCGUCGCGCGCUUCAAAGCGCAAGCUCGGAGAAAAAGCCGCGGGACUUUUCCGCCAGCCAGCCUUUCCAGUGCCAGUGCGCUCACGAGCAGGGCAGUGCGUACGCGGAACAUCAAGACACGACUAUUUACAAGCAGUCUGACAAAAAAAAAUAAAAAAAAAUAUGGAUACGUUAACCGGGGGAUACUGAAUUUCCCAAAUAAAUUUGGUUGAAGUGCAGGAUUUGGGAAGAGGAUGAGCGUAAGAAUACACAUGCCAUAGACUCAUUCAGCACGGACCGGUGGUGUGAAAAUCCUCGUGCGCUUUUUUUUUGUUUUUGUUUGGUUUUGUGUGUGUGUGUUUGUGUUGUCCUCGCAAUGCUGGUUCGCCGUAGCGGCCCCGUGUCGUGCGCUCGCGCUCCAAGGCGCGGACACAAGCGUGUGGACAGCGAUGAGACCGCAGCCAAAAGCCCGAGACUGAGCGAGUGUAUCGGUGGAGACACGGCUCUUUUCCUAGCCGCCUCUCCACUGUCUCCGCGCAGCGGGAGCGCAGAGUCGGUGUGCGCGGCAGCGGGGCCGUCCCGCAUCGGCCAGUUCCUGCUCCUGCCCUCCGUGGACCCGAGUGCCGCACACAGCGCGUGGGACAUGGACACCGGCGAGGAGCUCGUGUGCAAGGUGUUUGAAAUGGGCCAGUACCAAGAGAAGAUCAGAGCCUACAGCGUGCUGCCAAGACACAGGAAUAUCGGCCAGAUCAAAGACAUCAUCCUCGGCGAACGCAAGGCCUACGUGUUUCAAGAGAAGGACUACGGCGACAUGCAUACUUUUGUGAAGAGCUGCAAGCGUCUGCCUGAAGAGCAAGCCUCAAAGCUGUUUUAUCAGAUAGCCUCCGCAGUGGCCCACUGCCACCAGAAUGGCAUAGUGCUGGGAGACCUGAAGCUCCGCAAGUUUGUGUUUGCGGAUGAAAAAAGGACCCAUUUGAAGCUAGGAGGUCUGGAGGACUGUCGGAUCCUGAGCGGUGAGGACGAUUCCGUUUCAGACACGCACGGCUGCCCAGCUUAUGUCAGUCCAGAAAUUCUGAGUGGUGGAGGCAGCUACUCAGGGAAGCGAGCGGAUGCCUGGAGCCUAGGCGUCAUGCUCUACACAAUGCUGGCAGGCCGCUACCCGUUCCAUGACUCAGACCCAGCCACGCUCUUCUCCAAGAUACGGCGUGGUGCCUACGGCCUGCCCGAGGGCCUCUCCGCACGGGCACGCUGCCUCAUACGAAGCCUCCUGCGCAGGGAGCCCAGUGAGAGGCUGAGCGCCGCCGACGUGCUCCUCCACCCAUGGUUCCGCGGUGGCUCCGAACACGAUGUGGAUGAACAAGACGCUGGCUUGGCUGAGCAGAGAGUGCCUCACGUGCACGUGGAGUUGAACGAGCAUCUCUUCUGCUGACAAAAACUUCUCAAUGGCUCUGAUUUGGACCAAAAUUGGAAGGUUUCUAUAAUUGGAGCAGCUCUUUUCCUGACGAAACUACACCAGGGUUCAAAUUAAAAACUGAAUGGUUCUUUAAUUUAGAGCGGGACAAGCAGCUAUUCGGCUGAUGAGACCUCCGUAGUGGUUUGGCUUUGAGACAAAAACUCAGAUGUGCUCUUACGGGUUCUUAAAUUUUAGACUUGGGCACAACCAUAAUUUACAGGCUCUCAAAUGUUAGUCCUCAAUGGUUUGGAUUUUGGACCAAAAACCGUUUGACACACCCUUAUGGAUCCUUAAAUUUUAGACUUGGGAACACUUGUUAAUGUUAAUUUAUGGGUUCUUUAAAGUGUAUGCACUUGUGCGUGCGCUCAAAGUGCCGUAUCAUCUGCGUUAGGUUAAGAGGCUCGAUGCGCACUGGUUGGUGUACAAUGAAGUGAUUUUGGUGCUAAUGACCUCCUUUAUCAUGCUGUAUGAAGAGAGCACUGAGGCAGGGAAGACACAAGGCUGUCAUCAAGAUGACAAACCUCAGUCGAGUCCUGAGGACUCUAAACGUAUUAAUUAAAGAGGGGGAAGGGAACAUGAGCCUGAACUGUAGCUCUACUCACACCGUCCAAUACCGAGGACCUCACUCUCUCACUCUUUGACUACAACCGCACUAAAAAGAGCAUGAAUUGAAUGAAUGAAUUGAGGUGAAUGUGUGACAUCAUAACUCUCCAAAAGGUGCAAAAGGAGUGAAAAGAAAAGGUCAGUCUCUCACCUCUGGGCCUGUAAAAGCUUUUGUGGGCAAUAGUUGACCAUUACAACUACUAGUGUUGGAUAAACCCUUGUCUAAAGCAUAUUCCAUCUACUUUUCACACGACUCAAACUCAGGUCAUUUCGUGUAAUGACCUUUGACCCACGUACGUGUUAAAAUGUGUUAAAAUGUUAUGUAAUGUUAUGUUAAACUGUAGCCAGUAAGCAACUCUAUACUACAUAAUAUUUAAAUGGAUAUUGAAGGACACUGAAGGACAUAAGUAUCAUAUCCAUACUGUCAGCAAAUGCAACAUUUCUGUACUUGAAUUAGACAACAUGGUGCUUUGGGCACAGCAAACAACAGCGUAGUCUUGAGAGAGAAGUGGAUUAAGAUGAGAUUAUUCUGCAUGACAUGUGGUUGUUGUUUUUUUUUUCUUUCUUUCUUUUGAUCUACUGUAAUCCAAGGUGACUAAUAAACCCACAAUAGCUCCGCUGAAAGGGUAGAACCUAUUUUUGGAGGCUCUAAUGUUUCCUCCCCCUCUGUUGCGGGAAGUACUGUAUGUUACCUCUGAGGCGAAGUGCCGGGCUCAUAACAAUGUGAGGUUGCAAAGCGACCUGUUCAUGUGUUGACACGGGUGCACAAAGUUCAUAUUGCACUGUGAAUUCUGUAUUUUGUGACACGACCUCGAGGUUAAAACCACGAGGCCCUAACGGAAAAUAUUCAUGUGUGAAAAACGUGUAAAUAUGUACAUUAUAAAUGUGUGAACAGAUUGAAUAAAGAUGACCUUUUUUUUCCA